AUGGAUAUCAGACCACACCUUAAAGUUAUGAAAGACAUCAUGGAAUCUCCAAUAGGAAAUGUAUUUAAUGAAUGCUUUAUUCCAGAUGGUGUUACUGACUUAGAUUACAGUACAAAAUUUAAUGAUUCGAUUGAUCUGAAAACAAUUAAAGACAAUUUAAUACAUAACAAGUACAAAACUACAACAGAAUGGCGGAAUGACGUCAUGAAGUGCUUUGCUCAAUUUAAAAAACUUGGCGAAUUUUCUGAAAAUCCUUCGAUUACUGCAUUAGCUAAAUUUGGAGAAGAUAAAUUCAUUAAAAAAUGCACAGAAUAUGCACUACUAUCUUAUUCACAGUGGUUCCAAGAAUCUAACCGAUUAGAUGAAAAAUUAAAUUUAUUAAUUUCAUCCAGAUUGACACAAUUCAAAGCCACGAAUACUCCAGAUAAAAAUUUAGUAAAAGAUAUAAUAAAAAGUGCAAAAUUAUUAACAGAUCAAACAAAAAUCAAUAACUUGUAUUCCUUAAUGCAAAUAUUCGACAUCACAUCAAAUGUUAGCGGGCAGGUUAUCUUAGAUACGACUUGCUUGACAAAUAAUCAAAUUUUAACAAUUAUGAAUUAUCUGAAAUAA